AAGCUGCCUUGCGCUUCGGUGAUCACGAGGACACCACCAAGACGACGCAGGUUCACUGGUUCAGCGACCGGUUUCCGCGAUGUGCCGCGCCACGGCGAUAGAGGGCGGCUUCCUCCGCCCGCCCCCGUCCCGGCGCCUCGACAUCCGCGCUUUCUACCUCCGCCUCUCCUCCUGCUCCGCCACGACGCCCGCGGAGCUCACGCUGGCCUACCACCCGGCCAUCGGGGGCGCGGCGCUGGGACUCAACGGCCGCGCGCUCCCGCCAGCCGCGCCCGCCAAGGUCACGCUCCGCCGGGUCGCCGCCGACGCGUACGCGAGCGCCGACCGCGUCGCCGCCGCCGAGGGCGCGCGGUUCGAGGUGCUCGCCGCCGCCGCCGGGGAGGAGGUCGCGGCGGAGGGCGUCUUCUCCGCGCGGCGCGAGGGGGGGUGGCGCGUGGAGUGCCGCCGGGCGCCGGCCUCGCCGGAGGUGUGCGUCGCGGAGGUGGUGGUGCUCGCGGAGGGCGGCGUGCUGAUGCGGGACAGGGCCCGCGCGGCCGGCCGGGGCCGGAUGCGGUGCGGAGCCACCCGGCUGGAGGGGAUACCGGAGGAGGACGCCACCACGGGCCUCGGCGGCUGGUGCCGCUGCGAGUGCGACGACGACGGGUGGGAGGUGGUCGGGGACGCGGAGGAGGAGGAGGAGCAGGAGGUCGAGAUGGAGACGGUGCGGUGGGCGAUGGAGGUGGGCGUGUGGGCCGUGUGCCUCGGCGUUGGCCUCCUCGCCACGGCCAGGCGUUUCCGGCGGAAGCGCGCCUUCUGGUGACCGCCGGCGCCUUCUUUGCUUCGGCUGUCGUGUAGUUUCGGAAAUUUUGUACAUGUUUCGCGGAGAUUUCACGGGCGUGCUUUUUUCUUUGUUUCCAGAGAUGAUCAAAUGAACCAAGACCAAUUCGUUCCUUUUCUC